UGAACAACCCAUUUUUCAUUUAAGACAACAUCACAUGGCUCUCUACACAUGAGAAUCUUCAAUAUGCUAUCCCUCGGAAAGAUCUCUGGUUUGUUUUUGGGAAAAGAGAAGAGGGAGGGAGGGUUCUUGAAGAUUGAAAGCACAAGCACUUCCUUAAAACGAGCCUAAACUGUGUGACCCCCAUUCUUUUUUCCCCCUUCCCCUCUCCAUCUCAUCAUACAGACGGUCUCCUUGGGGUUUCUUUUCGUCUGAUCUGUCGCUGCUUCCUCAACUAAUCUCAUUAAAGUUUCCUCUUUCAUUCAAUACUCCUCCUCCACAAUUGAUGACCCUUUCCCUUUUUCUGCAGAAUUAGGUGUCACAUGCAUGCGUGCGUGCGUGUGCGUUUGAUGUCUCUCAGAGAGAGAGAGAGAGAGAGAGAGAGAGAGAGAUGCCAUGACAUGGGGUUCUCGCAACUCGCAAGAGCGGAUUAAAAUAUACGGCAGAUGAUUGAGUUGGAGCUGGAGAAGAGAAGAGGAUCCCAGCGAGGGUUUUUAAGAGCUUCUCAACGGCCUUGCCAGUGCAUUGAAGACACGCCAUUACGAUUCUAGCGUGUCUCAUUAUAUCGGUCAGACUAGAGUGAUUCAGUGUGACUGGUGUGUGUGAGCGAGAGAGAGAGAGAGAGAGAGAGAGAGAGAGAGAGAGAGAGAGGCAUGGUAAAUUUCAAGCAACAGUCUGUCCGCCAUUAUUGCUCUUCUCCAUCUUUUCACCUAUAAAUGGUCUUGCUCCCUCGUUUCUCUUUACUAACCGUACGUACCACACUCUCUCUCAUUACAUCCAUCUCUGCAUCCUCUUCUUCUUCUCCGUCUCCACAUUUCCUUUCGCUUUGCUUCUUUUGCUGUUCAGACACAUACACAGUCAACUGCAUCGCACACGUAACUAGGGUCUGAAGAUUUUCCCGAGAAAACUUGGGCGCUCGUUCUCCCGGAAAGUUGGCAAGCGUUUUCCAGGAAGGAAAGCGAAAGAGGGUUUUUGCUACAGGAGAAGGAAAGACGGGAAAUGGACGCGGCGACAGCUCUACUGGUAUUAACGGCAAUAACGGCCUACCUCAUCUGGUUCACCUUCAUCUCCCGGUCGCUGAAGGGCCCACGUGUGUGGCCCCUAUUGGGCAGCCUGCCGGGGCUGAUCGAGAACUGCGACCGCAUGCACGACUGGAUCGCCGACAACCUGCUCGCGUGCGGCGGCACGUACCAGACCUGCAUCUGCGCGGUGCCCUUCCUGGCCCGGAAGCAAGGGCUGGUGACCGUCACCUGCGACCCUAGGAACCUCGAGCACAUCCUCAAGGCCCGCUUCGACAACUACCCCAAGGGCCCCACCUGGCAGGCCGUCUUCCACGACCUCCUCGGCCAGGGCAUCUUCAACUCCGACGGCGACACGUGGCUGUUCCAGCGGAAGACCGCCGCGCUCGAGUUCACCACCCGGACGCUCCGCCAGGCCAUGGCCCGGUGGCUCAACCGAGCCAUCAAGCUCCGCUUCUGCCCCAUCCUGAAGUCGGCCCAGCUGGGCGCCGAGCCGGUCGAUCUGCAGGACCUGCUGCUCCGCCUCACGUUCGACAACAUUUGCGGCUUGGCCUUCGGGAAGGACCCGGAGACCUGCGCCCCGGGGCUCCCCGAGAACGGCUUCGCCUCGGCCUUCGACCGGGCCACGGAGGCCUCGCUGCAGCGCUUCAUAUUGCCCGAGGUGAUGUGGAGGUUCAAGAAGCGGCUCCGGCUCGGGAUGGAGGUCAGCCUGAGCCGCAGCCUCGUGAACAUCGACGAGUACUUGUCCAAGGUGAUCGCCGCGCGCAAGCUCGAGCUGCUGAAUCAGCAGCAGAAGGAUGACGAGCACCCCCACGACGACCUGCUCUCGAGGUUCAUGAAGAAGAAGGAGUCCUACUCCGACACGUUCCUCCAGCACGUAGCGCUCAACUUCAUCCUGGCCGGCCGCGACACGUCGUCCGUGGCGCUGAGCUGGUUCUUCUGGCUGGUCAUCCAGAACCCAUCCGUGGAGGACAAAAUCGUUCGCGAGAUAUGCACGGUCCUCAUCGAGUCGCGCGGCGACGACGUGGCGAGCUGGGUCGACGAGCCCCUGGGGUUCGAGGAGGUGGACAAGCUGGUGUACCUGAAGGCGGCCCUCUCGGAGACGCUGCGGCUCUACCCCUCGGUGCCGGAGGACUCGAAGCACGUGGUGGCGGACGACGUGCUGCCCGACGGAACGUUCGUGCCGGCGGGAUCGUCGGUCACGUAUUCGAUAUACUCGGCGGGGAGGAUGAGGGCGACGUGGGGGGAGGACUGCUCGGAGUUCCGGCCCGAGAGGUGGCUGUCGCCGGACGGCCAGAAGUUCGUCAUGCAGGACGCGUUCAAGUUCGUGGCGUUCAACGCGGGGCCGAGGAUCUGCCUAGGGAAGGACUUGGCUUAUCUGCAGAUGAAGUCGAUCGCCGCGGCGGUGCUGCUGAGGCACAGGCUGAGGGUGGCCGCCGGGCAUAGGGUGGUGCAGAAGAUGUCGUUGACGCUGUUCAUGCAGUACGGGCUCAAAGUGGACGUGCUCAGGAGGGACCUGGAGCCGAUUUUGGAGAGCAUCAGGAGGGAGAGGAACGAGGAAGCGGGCGUCAAAUUGAACGGUGAGUGUAAUGGCGGUGGCGGAGACAUGGUAGUGGGGUUUGCCUGAUGUUAUUGAGUCGAACUUUGAAUUUUUGAGUUGUGGGAAUGGGAAGGUACAUUGAUCGGCUGGUGCAAAGAGAGCUUUGCCAAUUUACGCCCACCUUUCAUCUGGUUUUUAAUCUUGAUCUGAUUGAUUUCUCCGCCGGGAAAAGAAUGGUUUUGGUCUAGGAAGGGUUUGGUCCUUGAUGAACUGAGAGAGAGAGAGAGAGAGGCAUUCAAUCCUCGGCGGUCCCUUUGCUUGCGUGGUUGCACCCUUGAAUUCAUUCUUUUUUCCCGCCUUGUGUACGUACGACGUUCGGGUUUCCCGUUCAAUUUAUUUGUUUAUUGGCUUCUGGUUCGGCCUUUUCGUUUGAAAUAAUGUUGUUUGCCUUCAAGAGCCUUCAUGUGCUCAGUAAAAAGUUAA